GUUGAGAAGGAAGAUAAACCUGUCAUAGACUCUACAUGAAAACCAACCUUGAUCAUAAAUGAAGUCUAUGAUUCACUCAAGGUUCUGAAUCAACUGGUUUAGAACUAUCUCCUAAAAAUGAUCAAUCAUUUUUUCAUCCUUUUCCUUUACCUUUCAAAAUGCAGCUCAGAAAAUACAGAUGUCGUGGCUCAGAAUCAUCUGAAGAUUGUUCAAGCUGGAGACAGCGUUAACUUCACCUGCAUUUUGCAACAAGAUAUAAGAACCACUGUUGUUUGGGUCAAACAAAAAGCUGGAGAGAAACCCCUUCAAAUCGCUUCAUCAUAUCAAGCUUUAGCUGUUGAGUUUGAAAAUGGCUUUGACAAACAUAAUCGCUUUUUUGUAGCAAAAGAUGAUAGCAGUUUUAAUCUGAGCAUCACAAAUGCAAAAGAAUCAGACACUGCAACAUACUAUUGUGUUAGAUUUAUAUAUCAGUUCAGUUUUGAGGAAGCCACUGAUCUGAUUGUUAAAGGCAGAGAACUGAACAUGCAGUCUGACCAUGAGAGAGCUGUGACAGAUCCAGUGCAUCCAGAAGACUCUGCAGUGGCGCUGCAGUGCACUGUCCUCACUCAGAGCUGUGCAGGAGAACACAACGUCUACUGGUUCAGACGUGAAUCUGGAGAAUCUCCUCCAGGAAUUAUAUUCACUCAGGAGCGCAGGAACGCUCAAUGUGAGAGGAGCUCUGAUGUGAACUCUACUGCACACAAAUGUAUGUACAACCUGCCCAAGAGGAACCUCAGUCUCUCUGAUGCUGGGAUUUACUACUGCGCUGUGGCCGCAUGUGGAGAGAUAUUAUUUGGAGAUGCAAGAAAACCUGACAUGCCAGGUUUUCAGACACCUUGGAGUAUAAUUGCCCUGGUUUUGGGAACUUUAAACUGUUUAUCAGCGAUUGUGAUUAUAUUUCUGUGCACGCAGUUGUACAAGCAGCGACGAAAAGAUGGGACUCAGAAUAUUCAGACUGGUCACUUAAUGGAUGAAGACAGAGAUGCUUUGAAUUAUGCUGCUUUGAGCUUUCAGCAAAGGUCCUGCACCCCUAGAAGACCCAGAGAAAAACAUACAAGAUAAUUCAAUAUAUGCACAUGAGAAAUUUUGCAAUAAAUAAAUAGAUAAUAAAUGAUCUGUUGUUCACAAAAAAAAGUGUUUUAAAUGAUAAAAACCAACAGACAUUUUAAUCUCUUAAUUACACUCAACUAAAUUACCUGCAUUGUAAAAAAAAAAAAAAAAAAGUUUUUUUUUUCCCCAAAGUUGUAAAUAAAACAAAGAUUAUUGGAGUACUAUAGUAGUAAAAUACUAUUUCAGUUUUCUACUUCAACACAUUUAAUUUAAUGCAGUAUUCACAUUUACAGUUUCACAUUUAAUGUAGUGUGUUACUUGAUGUUUGAAUGAAAUUUGAUGAAAUUUACUAGCAAUUUCCUGAAUUCAGUGAAAACUGUUUGUAGACAAAAUACAUAAAUCAAUGUAAGUUAAAUUAUUCUCUCAAAUAAAUUGAACUGAUUGACGUAAUUUUAAGCGACCCUUUUGGACCCUUGUUUGUUGGAUUUCUGCAUCAACAUGUUUUAUUAGAUAGUUUUUUUUUUUUUACUAAUGGAAGAGUCCGAUCAGCACAUGCUAACAUACAGCAUAUCAGUUUUAGAUUGACUGAUUUGUUGAAAAGUCUGAAGUUGAAAAGUGGUAGAGAAGUUGAGAUCCCUGUCCGUGGUACUGAAAUGUGACAAUUGUGACAAUUUUUGCAUUAUUUUCUAGUCAUGCAGAUUCCUGCUUUAAUAAGGUCGUUAGAUUACACUGUACUACAAACAGAUACUGAUAACAUUUAGUCAUGACAACAACAUUAAUUAAUAAGUCAAUAUAUACUUCUCAUGUGUCUAGAAUGUAGCAUAGCAAUAUUUUCACAGGAACAUUAAACAGAAUGUUAAAGAAAAAUGUUUAUUGACCUAUAGGGUGCUACAUACCCUUGUGGUCCGUUAAUCCAAAAUAAAAUAGAUAAUUAUCAACUUACAUAAAUAAAUAAUUAGUCAUAUCUGGGAUAGCUUUAGUCCGCAUCAUGUUUUUAAAGUGAGUUACAAAAAGUGAUUCUGCCCAAUAUUAUUUAUAAUUGGCUCACGAGGCCCCUCUAGUGGACACCUGUGGCUAAACUCAUAAAACCAAAAUAUGAGGCUGUGAGGCCUGUACUACAACAAACUAAAGGUAUUCGAAAAUCUCACAUUCAUGCAAAAAUUUUAAAUCCUAAUGUUAAAAUUCUACGCAUAAUGUCAGGUUUAAGAGUGUUUUUAAGGUAUGUCUCUUAUGGACUAGUCCCCUUUGACGACAACUAAAAACUGAAACAUUUAAGGUUUCUGCUAUUUCCAUUUAUUGUUUUCUUUUAACGCUUGCAUUUUCCUAAAUAAAAAUACUUAUAUUUUAUAUUUAUAUUAUAAUUCAUGUUUAUAUUACUUUAACAAGGUUAAUAAAGCAUGUUCGUUUAAAUAUACAGUAUAUUAAAAUGGAAAAUAACUUUGAUUUGUGUCCUGUUAAAUGCAUGCAUUGUAACUUGCAAGCCCAGCUGAGCACAUAAGGUGUUUGUAGUGUUAAAAUAAACUGUUACUAUUUAUACGAUGUUUUUGUCAUCAAGCAGUAAUCAUCGACAGGUAAUUUAAUCCUUUACUAAUGCAAGGUAAAGUAAUUACCGUUUGAGAAAGAUGCAUGUGUGGUUUUGAUUCAGAGAGAGGUGUGAAACACAUCAGUGGGUCAGUCUUGUGGUUGGAAAAUGUUCAAACCACACUGUGCACAAUUAUGCAUGCAAAUGUCCACUCAUACAGAAGCACAAAGGUGCACAAAAACAUCUGAGCCCACAAACUAAACAUCUCAGUGUAUAGUGGGUUAUUUAAUAAAUAGGCAAAUUCUUGCAAGUACAAUAGUUACAGUGUGCCCUCUACAUAUACAUAUUUAGAUAAUUCUUUGUCAGAUCAAAAUCUUUUAUAUUAAUCUAACACUUGAAAAAAAAUGGUGCAUGUAUAUUAUAUAUACCCUAUCUAUAUAUAUUAUAUAAAAUAAUUUUCAAUUUAGAAUUUAGAAUGCUUCAGAAUUUCAAUGUAUUCAGUUCUGACAGUUAUGUCUAAAGUUAAAUGUUUCUCCGCUGAUGUUCACCACAGCAGUUUUCAUUCUGUACUGAGCAGCUUCUUCCUGUCAGUCACUCUACAGGAAAUGAUGUACUUUGUCUUUUCUCUUCUUACUGGUGCUCUAGUUGGUGUCACAUGUUCUUACAUGGGCAUACACUGACUUUGUGGAGGAGUCUGUGCUUUGUAGUAUUAAUGGCUUAAAGCCCAGUGAACUGUAUUCCACUGCAUAACUAGGGUUGUUUGGGCCCCAGUGGAAAAACACUUGAUGGGGCCUCCACCACCGCAACCACCUGCAGCUUAAACUCAGGAAAUGUGCAUUUUUCACAUUGUAAGUUUGUGCUUACUGUCUCAACCAGGUAUCUUUCACAAACUAUGAAAUGUUUAAGGUUCAAUGUGUCUCCUUGGAUCAAACUUUACCUAUAUCUUCAAAACAACCCCAUUUUUGAAAGAGCAAGCACAACCUGCAUUUCAUUCUGAAAUUUGAAAUUUGUUUUGAAAUAUUGUUUGAAAUUAGAAAUAUUUAAAUUUUUCUCUGUCAUAUUUAUAUUAAAGUGUUAGUCUUAAUGUAGUAAUGUAUACACGCUAAUUGCUGUCAAGUGGCAAUAUAUAUAUAUAAACAACAAUAACAUUAAAUAGUCCAUAAGCUUUAGGCUCUUUAUUGCAAGUCUUAUAGCCAUAAUAGAGCUUUAUGUGAGAACAGGUCAAAAUUUAAUUGAUUAGCAAUUAAAUUAAUUGACACAGCAAAUCGUCCCCUCUUGUUUAUAUUUCUGUGUUCAGAAGGUGAAAGCAAACUAUUCAGAGUACACUUAUACAGACACACAUAAGAAGUCAUAGCAAAUAUUAUUUUGCUUUUUUUUUCAGACAAUAUAAGAAAAAUACAGUAUUGAGUUUCCAAAAUUGGAAAAAUAAUUUUUAAAUGGAUUUCUGCAGACAGAAAAGAGAAAGAUGUACAGUAUGUUGUGUUAGAAUCCCCACUGUAGCUGUGUUUACUACUGUUUUGUUUAAAUGUCAGAGUAAUACAAAACAAUGUAUUGUAUACUAGUUUUAUUAUUUUUUUAAAAAGCACAAUAAUUUUAACAGUCAUCAGUCUGUCAAAAAGAGUCAAACAUAUAAAGGCCAUUAAAAGGUUUGUUUGUGUGCUUUUGAUAAAAGGACUGCUUGUGUUACAUGUGGUGUGGUUUUUUUUUCUCCUGUAUUUUUCACACUUCAGAGGUGCUCGUAGUGGGGCGUCAAUCUUUUGAGUAGGUCAGUUACAUAAUAAAGAGAUCAUGUUGUGUAUGUCUUUCAUGUAGUUCAUGCCACAGAUAUACUGCAACUUUAGUUUAGUUUAGUUGCAUAUUGAGCUGGUCCUUGUUUCUUUUCUUUUUUUACACCUGAAUUCAAUCUCUUCAAGU